UUGUGUAAUUUUCAGUUUGUUUGGUGUUUUAAGGUGCCAGCAAAAGCUGCUCAAGAGAGACCAAGAAAUGGCCCGGCAGCUGCUGAUCCCGCGAUAAGUGCAGUUGCUGAAAGUCUCACGGCUGUUGCGACUGCUUUGGCAUCACCGGAAAUUAUUGCAACAGUAGUACAGAAGGGCCUUGCUGAUGAACUUUUUGCCAGUGCCGAUUUGAAAGCCAAAAUUAAAGAAGUUUACGCAGAGGAGAUCCAGAAGAUGUUAGCGAAGAAGUCUGAAAAGCAUAUGACUGUGGAAGCGGAGAAGCGCCAAACGUGUGGUGGUGAGAUUCGCUUACAUUCGCCACUGCUUUUUGUGAAUAUGUUGCGUCUCUGGUUUUGUUCAGGUCAGUAUCGUGACGAGCGACUGCGAAAUGAUACGCCGUGUAUCGCGGAAUCCACUGGAUACGCUCGCGAUUCGCGUCCUGCAGAGCAAAUGAGAAAUGAAGAAAAAUCUGUUCUGUUUUUUAAGUAUAGCGAUUCGGAGCAUCGAACUGGACGUGAGGACGGCUCACAGAGCGCAGCGAAAAUAACUGGUGGCCCAUAUGGGAAGGAUGAUUCGAAGUACUACAGCGGGCCACCAUAUCAGGAAUAUGGUGAAGAGCAUCAUUAUAAGCGACGGCCAGCAACACCUUGCGAUGCUGCACCACCAACGAAUUACGAACGCGAUAGGUAUGGACCUCCACAAGAUCAUUACAGCGGGCGUCCACAGGAACGCUACGACGACGGCCGACUAUCUGGCAACUACAGUAAUUCUUGCGGUCAGUAUGGCGGGCCCCCGCCAGAUCGUUACAGCAGUCCUCCGGCAAACUACGGUAGUUGCAGUGAUCCUUUAACAGACCGAUAUGGCGGCCCUCCGGAUCAACACAGUGGCCCUCGGACGAAUUAUAGCAAUUCGUAUGGGCCAGCUAAAAAUGCAAAUGAGUCGCGGCCUCCUCCAAAUUUUUUGAAUCGUAGUUUUGAUGGGCCAAGAAAUUUUGGUGGACCGUAUCAGGGUCGCCGCUAUUAA